CAUAGUUCCAACUAAACCUCGUCUCCCAAGUGACGGUAUAGCCCGCCCUCUGAUGCAUGCUUCGUGGACUGAUUCAGAAGAAUAGAGAGUUGUUGUCGUGAGCAACAAGUGGGUGCUCUGCGAACUAUCUAGUGGGCCUACUGUAUUGAGUACUAGCGGCCAUUCAUUACGCUGAGAAGAAGGGGACUUUAUAUGAAGAUUAGAUGCUCAAGUGAUCUUCUGGACUUCUCUCUGCAGAUCAAUUACUACAGAUAGGUGCGGUUUGUGUCCCGAUAACUUGUGUUAGACCGAACAGGGGAAUGCUUCGGAAAGAGGAAAACACGCAUUAAACACCCCAAAGUUCGAGUGUCCAGUGUCAUGAAACUAAAUCCACAGCAAGCCCCGCUAUAUGGUGAGUGUCUUCUGACAGUGCAGCUGGGUGAUGAAGAUCAUUUGGAGGAUGAGGAGGAUGUAGAGUUCUACCUGCUGUUUGCUGGCACCAACCAGAGGCACCUGACCAGCACCUUGAGGAUCAGCCAUGUCACCCUGCAGGCCGUGUGCCCAGCCCAUGACUGCUCUGAGUCGGUGCAGGUCACGCUGUGCUUGGCGCGGCCCGGCGGCUCCGUGGAUCCCGUGGCUGAGGAGCGCUUCCAGUUCGUCCAGGACCUGGCCUUCGACAUGGCCCAGUUCCUGGUGAGCGCUGCGGGGCAGGCCGACGGUCUGGAGGGGGCGCUGCUGCUGGACGAGUGCCAGAUCCCGCUGCAGGAGUGUGAGCGGCUGGACGACAGCCUCUCCCUGGCCCUUAGACACCUGGCCCUUAGACACCUGGCCCUGCCCCAGGGAUGGAGCGUCCUGGGUACCAACCUGGACAACAGCAUAGCUGAGCCCGGUCCACACGAGACCCUCCUGCACUUUGCGGCUCGGCGCGGGCUGCGAAAGGUGGCCUUGUUCCUGCUCCAGCAGCCAGGAGGCAGAGAGGCUCUCAGACUGCCCAACAAGCAGGGCUCUACACCAGUCAGCGUGGCAGAGAAGAGGGGCCACGACCAGCUACAGCAGCUCUUCACCGGGGUUGAGACCUCGCCGGACACCUGGAUAAAGGCAGAGGAGAGGCAGUGUUACCCAGGAGGCCGAGCGCUGCAGCACCACCCUAGACUGAACACCUACACCCUGACGGUGGACACGGUGCCAGGGAAAACUCCGCCCAGCUUGCAGGGAGAGGUGGAGGAGCUACAGAAACUCAUCCGCUCACACAGAGACAACAAGGGAGAUCAUGUGUUCCAGCAGCAGUCACCAGACGAGCUAAACAGUACAGCCGGAUCCAGUGACAUCAUCAACACGUCAGCGCACACAGCUUUACACCCCCAACACAGCCAUGCCCACCUCGCGGGAGGGGCGUGGCCUUGUCCGAACGGCCAGCCAGAGGAAGGGGAGGCGGGCCCUGCUCAGGCAGCAGUAAAGGACUCUGUGAAGGCGUUGGAUAAAAGAAGUGAAGCUGCAGCACAGCGGCGGAAGAGGGAGGGUGAGACUCAAGCUUUCAGCACACCGUCCUGUGGAAACCAGCAGGAGGAAGCUGAUAGAGAGAGGACAGGCAUAAUCACUGCCAGGCAGAGCAGCAAGGCAGGGCGCCGUAAAAGGAACAAGGAAGAGAGAGAGAAGAGGAGAGCAGAGACUGAGACGGGCGAUAAGGCUGCUGCUUUUCCGACGACGGUUACGCCAGCCAUGGGCCACGCACAGUCCCAGGAACACACGGAACACCCGGAAGUCAAGCAUUGGCCCUUGGAGACUGGGGAGAGGAGUACAGGCAACAGCAGUGGCAGCUGUGGGGACACGAGGGCUCAAAAGACUAUGGAAAGGCAGGGAGAGCCUGACAACAUCGAGGAGAUGGAUUGUAGAGCACCCUGGGCUCAGAUAGUGGCUGGGGCUCCUGUGGAGAACGGGCAGCACGGCGGACAUGGCGGCGAGGUGGAGUACGCGGAAGCCACCUCUGAAUGUACUCUGCAGACAAUGACAGGAGCUGUGAGCCGCCAUCAGGCACAGGCUGCACAGUCACAAGACCCCGAACAAAGACAGGAAAUCACCACAGCGGUGACGAGUUAUUCUGAGGAGCAGGAUUUGGCCAAUAACAGCAGCCAGACCCGGGGGUCUGAGACUGAAAGAGGUGGUGAUUGUGGCGGCACACACGAGAGAAAGAGAGAGGCAGGAAACCCCAGCCAACAGACUAACGGUAGCACUGAGUCAGCCAGCAGCCGAAGUGGAGAGACUGACACAAACAGCAUGAAGCAGAGCCCCAGUAUGACAGAGGGAGAAAGCGAGAGCAGCCGUUCACACGGACCCAGUAGCGUUACAGCACCAGAGCCCAGUGAGCAGGUCCUGGAUCAGACAGCGGAGGGCACAGUGGAGGUAGUGGUACCACCACCACAGCAUAACCAGGACGGAGCCCACAGCCAGGGCCACGAGGCUGGGCAGAAAUGGGAGGAACAGGCGUCCACCGACUCAGCCAGAAGGACAGCUGAGGAUGGAGAGAGGCCGAGCGUAGAGAAGUGGACCAUGGGGCCACAGCACUCUGAUGAUGUCACAGACCUCACACCCUCUCGUGAGGAGGAGGAACUCGUCCAAUCGGAUAGUUGCUCCGCGGACAAACUGUCUGAAGAGGGGACAGUCACAGGAGAGGAGACCCCUGCAAAGAAGAAGGUGUCUGUACAGUGGGCAUCGUUAGAAGAGGCAGACUCUCUGCCGUGUAGGGAGGAGAUAGCAGCCACAGCUGUAGCAGUGGUGGCCAUAGCAGUAGCAGCUGCUGUAGCAAACAUAGAACAAUGCAACUCCAACUCAAUGCUGGAGGCAAGCCGUGUACCGGAGGCUGUUGACGGCCAGAGUGAGAAUCAGACUGGACCCAAAGACACUGCACCAAGGUCAGGGGUCACUGUGUCUGAGGCCACUGAGACCCUUACCUUGGACGGGGGUCCUAUUGUCUCACCUGGAGAGUUACAGGGGGAUGUGAUGGACAAGAACCCCUUAAAGGGAGAGGAUGAGCCUCAUCUUCUACAAGGAGAGGAGAGCAGUGACCUAUCCGAAGCCAGACCUGGGAACGAGAAUGAAGUGGAGGCCAGACUAGCAGGCCUGAGCCUGACCCAGGGAGAGAGUGUAGAAGCCAGCAGAGAGUGUGGAGACUCCCACCCUCAGACAGACAUGUUGUUACAUGAUGAAAGGGCUGUGGACAGACAGAGCGAUGAGGUCAUCACAUCCUCCUCCACUAUCUCCCCAGAGAGAUCCUCAGAGCUGACACAUCAGGAGACCAUUCCAGAGAGACCGGCCACACCUGCAGAUUUACAUACAGUCAGUGACUCUGACAGUGGUACGGCCCAGAGUCCAGAGCUGACUUCCCUCUCGGAGCUAGACAGUGAAACAGGCCCGGGUGAGGAGAAGCGCAGCUUCUCAGUGGAAGUAGACGGUGGAUUUUCCUUGGGCCUGCAGUCCCCAGACACACUGGCCAGCCUGGAUGGAGUGAGUGAGAGAAUGCUGGAUACUAAAGCGGAGUGUUCUGAAGCUUUGAGACCACUUGAUAAGUCUGUGAAAGACAAAGACACGGUCUGUCCAGCCCAGGGAAAAGAGAAGGGAAAGAAGGAAUCUCUCUCAUACACGGAAGACUCUACACUGAUCCACAGAGAGAAGGAGACAUUCUACCCUGUCCAGCCCUGCACUGAUCCUACAUUACAGGUGAAGACCACCAUCACAGAAUCCACAGAAUUCCCUGUGUCCCCGUGCUCUGAGAGCUCUGAGAGUGCUGGAGGCUCUUUGUCCACCACUGGUGCCCUGAGAGACUCAAUCAGUGAUGUGGACAGUCUGGGAGAGGACAGUGUCUUCAGAAAGGCUGUGGAUGGGCCAAGGGAUAGCACCAGCGGGGUGUCAGUGUCCUUCUCCUCCAUAGACGACGUGGCCAGUGUGGGUCCCCUCAGCGCCAGCUCUCAGGGCAGUGUAGGUCCCCUAAGUGUCUCCUCCCUGGGCAGCGUGGGCCCUCCUUGGGCCGGGGCGGGGGCGGUGGGAACUCGUACCAGCUGGAGCUCUGGAGACACCUGGCAGAUGACAGGGAAGGGAGGAGAGGAAGAGGAGAGGAAAGACAAGCUGACAGAGGUGCCUGUAUGCUCUGCCGUCAUGCGCCCGUGUAUCCGUUCGCUCUCUCCGUUCCGCCGGCACAGCUGGGGCCCGGGGAAGAAUCCUGAAGGAGAAACGGAUGUGAACCAACGCAGUUCAUUGCGAAGUCAAGGGGAGGGGAAGCCACGAAAGCCAACGUUUCAUAGGAGAAGUAUGAGCUGGUGUCCCUCCAACAUCCCCCCUCCUCACCCGGAACAGAUUGAUAGCAGAAGUUACAGUUUGGAGGGCCUGGCUGGAGAGGAGGAUGCUGGGAAGGCUUCCGCUGACGUUGGGACCGCUGGACGUGUGGCCCGCCUGGACAGUGAAGAGAGAGGCUCGCUUCUGUCCCUGACAGAGGAGCAGGAGUCAGACCUUGGCGACUGCAGCAGCCUCGACAGCCAGCUAUCAGGGAGAGUUCUGCCUGUGAGACGUCCCCUCAUACCUCACCAAGUGCUCACCAAGUCGGUGUCCAUGCUGGCCAUCAGUCACAGAGACCUAGAUGCGAGCGGACGGACUCGACCAAAGAGACGCAUCUCCUUCUCCUUCAGCAUCCCCAAAUCUAGAACGUUCUUUUCUAUUGGCUCUUCCUCCAGUGAUGAGGAGGAGGUUGUGAGAAUGGGAUCCUACUCCAGCACGUCUGGAUCACUAGAGUACAGCAUCUCUGAGGAGGACCCGGGUCCCCUGCGGAGUUACACUGAGGGGAGACAAGGGACCAAGGUCAGCCGCACUUUCAGUUACCUCAAGAGCAAAAUGAGUACUAAGAAGAACAAGGAGAAAGACAAAGAUAAGGGUCAGGGUAAGGAGAAAGACACCAAGGAGAAGAAGACCCUGAACGGCCAUCUCUUCAGCUCUGUGAACCCAGCCCCCUUCACGACCUGCCACCAGUGCAACAAACCCAUCAACACUAAAGAAGCAUUCCUCUGUACCAACUGCAAUGCACAGGUCCAUAAGGGCUGCAGAGACAGUCUUCCUGUGUGUGUCCAGGUCAAAAUGAAGCAGCAGAAGCAGCAGACCGUGGUAGAUUCUGCGUCCGUGUCCGGAGUCAUGUUGAGAAGUAAAUCCACGUCGGCGGCGUCUCGGGAGCGUCCGUGGUCUGCCAUCUCGCCCCCUGAUGACCAGGCCAUGGUCAUGGUGGCGCCGGUGGUGCCUCGCAGGAAUACCAGCAUCCUCUCCAGCAACCUGUCCAAGAGCAUCUCCAUCAGCAACAUCGCAGGGCCAUUGAUGGACGAGAUGCCUCUGAAGGGCCUGAAGUACCUGUCCCAGUCCACAGACUCACUACACAAGAUCUCCAAGGUCAACGAGUCCACUGAGUCUCUCACCGAUGAAGGGACUGAAAUGAUGGACAGCCAGCUGAUGGGGGAGUUUGAGGCGGAGUCUAAGGAUCUGGAGGCGGACUCCUGGACCUUCACUGUGGACAAGAAGUAUGUGAAGGGGCUCAAGAAGGAGGUGGUCAAGAGACAGGACGUUAUCUACGAGCUGGUGCAGACAGAGAUGCACCACGUGCGGACGCUGAGGAUCAUGUCUGAGGUGUACAGUAAGGGCCUGCAGAAGGAGGUGCAGCUGGAUACCCAGCUGGUGGAGCGAGUGUUCCCCAUGCUGGACGAACUCCUGGAACUACACACACACUUCUUCGCACACCUCCUGGAACUCAAGCGGAAAUCCUCCAUCGAGGGCCGGGACGACGGCAGCUUCCUCAUCCGCAAGAUAGGAGACGUGCUCGUCUCACAGUUCUCAGGUCCCAAUGCCGACCGCAUGAAGAAAGUCUAUGGGAAAUUCUGCAGCCGCCACAACGAGGCGGUCAACUUCUAUAAGGAGCUUCACACCAAAGACAAACGCUUCCAAGCCUUUAUCAAGAAAAAGAUGAGCAGCACAAUCGUCCGAAGACUAGGCAUCCCAGAGUGCAUCUUAUUAGUGACACAGCGAAUAACCAAGUACCCUGUGUUACUACAGAGGAUACUGCAGCACACAAAAGAGAACGAGGAGGACCAUGACGAUAUAACCCAGGCUCUGAGGCUGGUGAAGGAGAUUCUAAAUGCAGUGGACAGCAAGGUGAACGAACACGACAAGAAGAAACGGUUAAAAGAGGUGUACAGUCGUACGGACAGCAAGUCCAUUCAGAGGAUGAAGAGCGGCCAGAUGUUUGCACGGGAGGACCUGGUGAGAGGCAGGCGGCUGCUGCAUGAUGGACCGCUGCAGCUCAAGAACUCUGCAGGCAGGCUAAAGGAUGUCCAGGCCAUGCUGCUGUCUGACGUGUUUGUGUUCCUGCAGGAGAAAGACCAGAAAUAUGUCUUUGCCUCACUGGACCAGCGGUCGACGGUGAUCUCCCUGCAGAAGCUGAUUGUGCGGGAGGUGGCUAACGAGGAGAGGGGUCUGUUCCUGAUCACAGCGGGCAUAGAGAAGCCAGAGAUGGUGGAGGUAUUGGCCAGCACCAAGGAGGAACGCAACACCUGGAUGCAGCUCAUACAGGACGCCAUGCACUCCAUAGAGAAGGAUGACGACGAGGGAAUCCCCAGUGAGACAGAGGAAGACAAGAGACUGCUGGAGACCAAAGCGCGGGAGAUGAGAGAGCUGCUGAGGAAGAAGGACGAGCAGAUCGUGUGUCUGUUGGAGGAGAAGGUGAAGGUGUUCAGGGACAUGUGUGAGGGGGGCAGCGGCCUGGCGGAGGAGACCAGCCCAGCCCAGUCCAUCAGGACCAAGAUGCUGUUCAGAGCCACCCCAGACUACAUCACCAAGGGCGAGCCCAUCAUGAAGGAGGCCCUGAGGGAAGUGGAGACUCUCCAUGUGCUGGUGAAUGGCAGUCUGGGUGGGGCCGUGGGGCAGCAGGUAUCCAGUACCCAGGAUGCAUCAGGAGGCAGUGUGGGGCCGGUUUGUCUGCCUCGUCGCGCUGAGACCUUCGGAGGCUUCGACAGCCACCAGAUGAACAUCUCUAAGAACGGAGAGAAAGAAGAGGGGGAGGACUCAUUAGACCUUCGGAGGACUGAGUCAGACAGUGUGUUGAAGAAGGGGGGCAACAACAACCUACUGCUGCUGCUCAAGAGGAACAGUGAGCAGGUCCUCCAUAGUGUCACACAUCUCCAUGAUCUCCUCAACACGCUGCAGGCAGUGGUGGUUCAGCAGGACACCUUCAUCGAGGACCAGCGUCAUGCUCUGGCUGAGCGGCCAGCCUCCCGCCACUCCUCCACCUCCUCCCUGUCCUCCUCCUCAUCGCGGCCCAACUCCCUGAUCGAGCAGGAGAAGCAGCGCAGCCUGGAGAAACAGAGGCAGGAGGUGGCCAACCUGCAGCGCCAGCAGGCGGCCCACGCCGACGAGAGGAGGAGGAGGGAGAGGGAGUGGGAGGUGAGGGAGUCGGGGCUGAGCGACAGGGAGGCGCAGGUGAAAGAGCAGGACGAGGAGACGUUGAGGAGGCGCGGGCAGCUGGAGGAGGAGAGGCAGGAGCUGCAGAAGAGGAAGGAGGAGUACCAGAGGGAUCUGGAGAGGCUGAGGGACGCCCAGAGGAAGCUGGACAGAGACAGGGAGACUCUGCGGCGGGAGGCUGAGAUGGUGGAGCAGAUGAAAAAGGCUGAGGCAGAGCAGGCACACAGGACCCAGCGGACGGCCUCCUCCACCUCAGAGGAGUCCAUGAAGUUCCAGAGUUCCACCUCUCUGGAUAAAGAGCCUGGUGGAGGGGAGGCAGAGCUGUCCUCCUCCCCCGCCACCAAAGACCCCUUCCUCAGGAUGGGCUCCAAGAGGAAAGGGAAGAACCUGAACCCCUUCUCAUCCUCCAACGCCAGCUCUAAGGCCCAGAGCAGCACAGAGGGCCAGAACCAAAUCCCCAACCGCCUGAUGCAGCUGGCCAAGACCAAGGACAAGAAGGAGAAGAAGAAGAAGAAGGGGAAGGGACAGCAAUCACAGCCAGAUCCCCAGAACACUGGGGUCACAGAGCUUCAGGCCGAUGGAGAGAUCUUCUUCUGCUGAUUCCUUGGUCCUCCACUAUCCCACAAUGCCCCACACUCACAGCAUCACAGUGACUGCAUCAGCUGACUGCCCAGACUCAGUACUAGCAUGGGAAGAUAGAUAUGCACCCCAUUGACAUCCUGUACCCUACCUAAUGACCUGAAGGGGAUGGCCAUGGACAGGAAGUACAACUAGAGCAUUUCCUGUGACCAUUUUUAGGGAAAUAUGCAGACACUUCCCAUUUGCAAUUCUGAAGUGUCGAGGUGUGACUUUUGGAUGAACAGAAUUAGGAUUCUGCAAGUCUGAUGUGGCAUGGAUUGGAUUGGCUUGCAUGGGUUGGUUGCCUUGGCUUUGAUAGUGUUCAGAUGUGAUUUGGACAGUUUCAGGAGUUAUACCAUGGCUAGAGGAAGUUUUAUCAUUCAUGAGGUAUACAAUAGCUAACAUUCAUUUUCUAUCUGAAGGGAAGAUCUGCGGGUGCCGUGGGACCUGUUAUAGAAUGUUCUGCAUUUUGCAAAUUCAAGUAUACCCUAAUAGCCAAAAUGACAAAAGAGAGCAUACACACUAUUUAACAACUCCAGUUGAGUGAGUCAAGCUUAUACGAUGGGUGUUUCUUGUCAUACUUGUCAAGGUAUUGCUUAACACUGGGCCCCAUAAUGCUUCAUUCCCGCCUGUAAGGAACCAGAGGCUAAUUUCUCCCAUCAACUCUACAUCAGAAGUUAUGCAAUGUAAUCACUCAAAUGGGUGGCAGGUAGCCUAGUGGUUAAGAGCAUUGGGCCAGUAACCAAAAGGUUGCUGGUUUGAAUCCCUGAGCUGCCUAGGUGGAAAAAUCUGUUGUUUUGCCCUUGAGCAAGGCACUUAACCCUAAUUGCUACUGUAAGUUGCUCUGGAUAAGAGCGUCCGAUAAAUGACUAAAAGGUAACAUUUUAGAAGUUCUAAAGAAAAGCGACUCGAGGUCGGGGCAGAGGAAACGUGACUGACUCAGAGUUAUGAGAGGAGGAUGAAUGAGUCUGGGAGAAAUGGAAGACAAGCAAAGAGAAGGAAUAGCUUGUAGCAGAGGAGAGAAAGAUGAGCAUGUCUCAGAGAGAGAGAGAGAGAGAGACAAAUGAGAGAGAGAGAGACAAAUGAGAGAGAGGGAGAGAAAGAGAGAGAGAGACAAAUGAGGAAGAGAGAGAGAGAGUCUGUGUAAGGGAGAUAAUUGUCCACUUUGCAAUUGAAUGUAAUGAUGAAAACUGCUUGUUACAGUUCCAGCAGACUGAAUGGGUAGAAGAAACAUUUGCGGUACUUGUUGUUGUAUUCCUCCACUGCACACUUGAAUUUGUGAACCAUUUUAUUUGUCAAUCACUGCAAUGCAAUACUGGCACACACGGUUUGAAGGUGAUGAGCACUUUAGAUAUUCACUCUGUUACAAGAGAAGAGACUCCUUGAAAUUGAGUGACAAUCAUUCAAAUGACCCAGACUGAGUCGAAACUAAGGAAUAGCUAUCUCACAAGAAUGGACCGAAAUUCUGAUUUUCUUCCCCUAGUAAUAUUUGAAUGCUGAUAUUGGAAUAUAUUAAUCUAGACGUGACCAACAAUUCCCUUUGUUAAUCCCAUUGGAAUUACACUGAUAUAUCAGCCUGCAGGACAGGCUGUUCUUUUAUUAAAACCAAACCAAACCUUUACUCUGGACACAACCCCAUAUUUCCCUAUUUUCCCUGCAGUCUGCUCUUCUAUUGAUGGACUGUGGUGCCAUAAACUCUCUUGUGCCUCUCAAAUGGUCCAGAAUAAUUAAUGUCCCUGGAUUUUAUUCAUAGAUUUUUUUCCCCAUCCACGCUCCAGUUUCGGGUUUUGAUUCGUAUAACCAGAGCUGCAUAAAGCCUAAUAUUUCAGCAGAGAUAUGUUCUUUCUCUUUUCUGCCAAUGAGCAGAAUUGAAAGCGAAAGCACAGCAAGGCCAUCCCCUCUCCUGACUGUCUGUAAAACUGAAAUAUGGUGCUAAUCACUAAACUCACUGUUCUGCUUAUUUUUUUCUGCCUUGGCUAAUCUUGCCUUUUUUUGGACCAUCAGAUAGAGCUUUGUCAAUUUUCCCACCACUAUUCACUCUGUGGCAUUUGUCAUCUUGAUAUCUCACAUCAACGUCCCCUGGUCAUAUAUAUAAAACGUGAAUCAUCACGUUAACAUGGUGUAUUAUGGCCUUGCUUAGUGAUUUUAGAAAAGUGAAAGCAUAGGAAGGGAUCAUUGGCAUUUUGAUUGAUUGGUUCAUUCACACACUGACUUGCAUUAAUAGACAGAUUCCACUUUUGACAGGUGUGAACGCACCUACAGUAGAUCCUACCACUUUAUAUUCCUCCAGGAAUGAACUGUCAUGGCCGUGUAUGGUAUAGAAGUGGAGCAGUGCUACGGUAGCUCUGAAAUGUUGUACAUGACGCAUUGUGGCAAAUGCAAAGAUAUUAUGCUCAAAUUGAAAUGCACUGUUAACCAGCAUCUGUGAGGGGUUGGAGUGUGUUUGACAGUGAUACUGUAAACCAGUGCUUUUAAGGUAAUAUGUUGUUUGUACUAAAAAGGUACAAUUUUUAUUUUCUUGCUGAAUUCCAUGUAAAAAAAAAAAAUGAAAAAAAAGGGCAAAGCAACAAUUAUGUAAAUACGUGUCAUGUACAAAUUAAACUUUUAAAGUAUUGAUUGUGGAUUUUUUGAUCAAUUGAAGCUUUUUAUAAUGAGGCUUUAUUUAUCAGUGUCCUCCCUGUUUUGGAGGCAUAAAAUGUACAUUCAUUUUCCCCUUAAUAAAUAACUAUUAUUGUUUGUCAACUGA